GCUCAUUCCAUGACAAGCUCGGUAAGCCCACCUUACAAAUGCAAUAUAUACAAAGGUCUCCCUGUGCCUAAUUUUAUAACAGCUGAAAGAUAUGAAGAACUAGAUACUCUUCACAAAACACGUGAUGAUGAUGUUUUUAUUGCUACUUAUCAAAAAAGUGGUACAACAUGGCUUCAACACAUUCUAAACGAACUAUAUGAUCAUCCUCAGGGUGAAAAAGAUAAUAUAAACGAGGCAGUUCCCUGGAUACAAGAAGCAUCGCAGAAAAAGAUUGAUGCAAUGCUUUCUCCCAGAGUUUUCAAAACACACGAUAUAGAUAGAUGGGAUUGGAUACUAAAGGGGGAUAAAAUAAAAUACAUCUAUUGCUACAGAAAUCCCAAGGAUGUAUGUUGUUCAUUUUACAAUCAUAUGAAAAGAGUUUUUGUUGGACACUAUGAAUAUACUGGGACCUUCUCCGAGUAUUUCGCUGAUGUGUUCAUCAAACGAAAUGCUGCUGAGCAAGGAUGGUAUUUUGAUCAUCUAGCUGGUUGGUUUAAGCAAAAGGGGAACCCCAAUAUACUGUUUUUAACUUACGAAGAUAUGGUGGAGGAUCUAAGGAGGGAAGUAUUGAAGAUUGUUGAGUUUUUAGGUCUCCAAUGUUCUGAUGAAAAGAUUGAUAAUGUAGUAAGUAGCGGCAUGUUUGAUUCCAUGUCCAAGAAUCCUACAGUGAACUAUUCUUGGAGGGAUGGUAUUGCAAAGGAUCCUAAUUCCAAGUUCAUCAGAAAAGGCAAAGUUGGUACUUGGCAAGAUGAGUUGACCAAGGAACAAUCUGAACAGAUUGAUCAACUUACCAAAGAUUUGUUGGAAAUCCCGUUUGGUAUCAGGAUCAGAGACACUCUGUGAG